CACACUCGACACAGUGUCUCCAACACUGCUGUACCAGCCCAGGUUGCUGAAGAAGCCACCAUGUUGAGAGACGUUCAAGGCAUCCUGCUGCUCGCAGUGGCGACCCUCGGCUUCCUUAGCGCCGCGGUGCCCGACUGGAACCCGGACUGCAUCCAGGAGCCGGUCGGCUUCGGCAGAGGGACCGUGGGAGGCGAGGGCGGCGAGGUCGUGUACCCCAAGAACCUCAACGCGCUCAAGAACUACCUCAAGGAUGACGUGCCGCGCAUCAUCGUCCUCAACAGGACCUACGACUUCACCGGCUCGGAGGGCAAUGUCACCAAAGCCGGCUGCUUCUUCAGGAAGUGCGGCGAGGGCUUCCAGUACUCGCUCGACGAGUCCGACACCUGCUUCGGCAGGGAAAUGACCUCGGUGACGCUCGACAAGACCGGCCCCACGCCCCUCAACGUGGGCUCCUACAAGACUAUCAUCGGUGAAGGGGGUAGGGGUGUGAUCAGAGGGAAGGGUCUCAAGAUCAGGAAGGCGACGCAGGUCAUCAUCCGGGACAUCAGCAUCGUGGACAUCAACCCCCACGUCAUCUGGGGCGGAGACGCGCUUGUCUUCAACGGCGUCGAUCAGGCCUGGAUUCACAACGUGACCUUCAAGAACAUCGGCCGUCAGUUCUUGGUUACCUACCAGACCAGCAACACGGGCAUCACCAUCUCCUCGUGCACGUUCGACGGCGAAACCCCCAACUCCCCAUUCUGCGACCACAAGCACUACUGGGUGUGGCUCUUCUGGGGCACCGAUGACCGCAUCACCCUCAUCAACAACAAGAUCGUCAACACGAGCGGACGUCUGCCCCAUGCUGGCGGCUACGCUACUGCCAAGAACUUCAUCCACAUCGUGGGCAACUACUUCGACGUCAACUCCGACGUGGCCCUCGAGCCCUGGGACGGCUCAUUCCUACUCGUGGAGGGCAACCGCUUCUGCGGCCUGACCAACCUGGUCAACAAGCACGCCACCAACGGCAACCUGUUCCUGGUGAGCACCGAGAAGCAGGCGCAACGCUGCGAAGCCGUCUUCGGCCAGCCCUGCCUGCCCAACCAGUACCGCCUGACGAACCCCGUGAUGCGCUGCGACGCCCCCGUCCUUGCGGAGGCCCUGGGGAUGCAGCUCUGCCCCGAGGCCGUCAACGACGCCCGCCAGUCCGUCUGCGUGCCCGCGCCAGUCCUCAGCCCGGACUCCACGGGCAUCCUCGAGUACUAGGACUACGCACUCCAGUACCUGGCCGGCAGUACCUGUCGAGGCCGCCCUGCUCUCUCUCCUUGUGAUCGAACUAGUGUGUAAAUAAAUUUGACUACGAACAUUA